AGCGACGUUCUCGUCGUGACCCACCAUGCUGCCCUUAGUGACACGCCCUCUCUGACCCACCAUGGUGCCCUUAGUGACGUGCCCUUUAUGACCUACCAUGGUGCCCUCAGUGACGUUCCCUUUCUGACCCACCAUGGUGCCCUUUGUGACGUGCCCUAGGUGACCCCCCAGGCCACCGUAUAAAAGGCAACGGGUCAUACCGCUCAUGCCAGUGUCCGGCAGGACAGUGACGGGACAGAGCGGGAGCGCAAGGCUGGCGCAGACCCCUGAGCGCAGCCCACGUUGUUCCCCGCUGCCCCAGCAGCCCUGCGGUGCCGAGACACUUCUUGGAACAUUCUUCGUUCCCCGCGCUACACCUUUGCCUUGUCUGAUGAGGAUGGCGGAGGGACACGCUGCAUCCAUGCAGUUCAUCCAGACUUUUCUGGAGAGCUCAGUGAAGGAGGAGGCUCAGAAGAUUCGGUUCCUGCAGACCGUCUCCACCCUGAGCAAGGAUGCCAGAGAUGAGGGCUUCACACAGAAACUGAAGGAGUUCUACCACCGAUUUCAGGUGGCAAAGAACAUCGAGGCGCUGGUGGAAGAGGAGCCCGUGGACCACCUGCACACGGCCGUGCGGCAGCAAGCCAUGCUUGCCCUCGCCCAUAUGAGCAAAGUGGAGAUGGCACUGGGGGGCAAGAAGAAAAGCCUUUUAGAGGCCUGUUUCAGGAGUGUCUUCUUGCUUCCUCCUAAAACAGACAUGCAGGGCCUAGACAAUUUCCUCUACUUUAAGACCCUGGAUGCCAUGGACAUCCUGCUUAAGAGCUUGGUGCUCAGCUCCCCUGGCUGCAAGGACCUGAGGAUUAUCUUGCAGAUGCUGCUGCCUUUCACCGACACUAAGAAUGCAGCUGCAUGUGAAAGGGCUGUGGUCAGGAUUGGGAAGCUGGUCGAUUUGAUGGACAGCUCUUCCUCGGUGCAGGUCUGGAGCUUGCUUACAGAUGACAACAGCUCUUCCCACGGCGACGCUAUCCAUGACCGCCUCCUGGGACAGCUGCUGGGACAUCUCAUUGUUUGCUGGACUAGCAAGAUCUGGGAGAUCCAGUAUGAGGCUUUGGAUACUCUUCAUUACCUCUGCAGAUGCAUCCAGCAGCAAAAAUGUGUGACAUCACCAGAGGAUGAUCUAAAGCAUCCCCAGUGUGGAGGCGAAAGGAAAGCUGGGAAACCCUCCUGGCUUUCCGUGUGCAGCACCAGGAGCAUUGUAAAGGCAUUUGGGGAAGACCUCCACCCCCCUGAUAAGACGGUCAUCCUUGUCAAGGCCAUCGAGGCCAUGAGAGACUCAUGCACAUGCGACAAGGAGGAACUGAUCAGCAUUGUGGAUGUGGCCAUGACAGAACCUGCCUCCUGGCUGACGGAGGUGCCAGUCAUCGUUAGCUGCAUCUAUAACAACCUGGAGCACAUCAACACACUGUCAGUCUGGCACACCCUGGACAUGCUGCUUCUAAUGAUGGCAGAGCAGUGGCCAGGGGAUGUGAUCCUGCGACUCGUGCAUCUCUCUCCAGAAUGUGACAGUGUUGCUAUGGCCAUGUGGGAAGUGCUGCUCUCCCAGCGCCUCAUCUUGGAGAACAGCCUGAGGGAGCUGAGCAUCAGGUUCCACUACCUGAGUGUGCCAUGGAGAUUCAGCACCUACAAAGCGGAGGCCUGCAUCCAGCUCUUGGCUCUGCUCGCCUCCAGCCAUGUGACACCAAAAAUGUUUGCUGGGGUGUACGAAAUCCGGAAGCUGCUGAUGCCUCCAAGGCUGCUCUCCCUGGUGCUCCAAGGCCUCGUCACACUGUCACAGUCACCUGACUCGGCAAGGAAAAUACUGGUCAUGCUGCCAGACUUGAUGGAGGCCCUGCAGAGCGCCCACAGCGACAACAAGAUGAAGGCCCUGCUCACGUUCAGAAACGUAAUAGGUCAUUUGAAGAAGAAGGCCAGCUCCAUCGCUCUGGAGCUGGCCGAGAAGCUCCUUCAACUCUUUGAUGAUGAGUGCAGCCAGACGCAAGAGCUCUCCAUCUGCCUCUUCAAAGAUGCAAUACAGAUGGCGGAUUGGAAGGACAAGCGGCAGAUGCAGAAGAAGGUGCGGAGGAGCCUGGUCCCACUCAUGUUGCACAUGAGUGACGAGAUCGAGAGCGUGGCCAAGGCCUCUCAGGAAGCCAUCUGUGCAGCUGCGAAGGUGCUCAAAUGGGAAUGGCUCAGUCACCACGUGCAGACACUGGAGAGAUGGCAAACUGUGCAGCGCUUGGUGAGGACAAGUCCCAGGCUGGACACGGGGUGCUCCUCUCACCUCCCCACCCUCAGGAUGUUGCAGGAGGCACAUCUGGGCCCUGGCAGUGGCACAGGGGGCUCUCAGGAGCUCCAGACCCUGCUCUGCCUGCAGCUGUCUCUGAACCUCAGCCCCACAGGGCUCCUGGCUGGGAGACACACAUGGCCUGAGGAACAAGGGGAGGUGUGGGGUGCUGGUAGGAGGGAACGGCCCAGGCAACUGGGGAAGGUCUGUGUCAGCCCUGGGCCAUUGUGCUCUUUCCAGCUGGAGCAGGAGCAGAGCAGAGCAGAAGAAUAUGUGCGUCAGAGCCUGCUUUACCUGCAGCACGCUCAGGUCAGCGUGCGACUGGCAGCUGUGAGGUUCAUUGGUAAGCCGCGGCCCCUGGAGUCCCUCUUUUGGCAGCCUGGCCCCAGUCCCAUCUGCUGCACUGGCAGCGAGGAGCAGCCCUGUGGCUGCCAGAGCAUCGACUGCCCCGUGCAAGGCCUGUGCAGCCAGGGGCUCUUGUGCUUCCCUCUCCAACCCCUGCCCUCGCAGCGGGGCUCAGUGGCACCUUGCUCAGUGCCACCUCCCCCUGCGUCCUGUCCUUCCCUGGGGUCACCCUGCUGAGGGGAGGAAGGGGUGCAGCCAAACCGGCAGAGGCGGGGCCAUGCUGCCGGCAGCGUGCUGGGCAGCAGCAGGUCUGAUGGAGCUCUCUGCACAGGGAUGGCCGCUCGGUGCCUGAAGGAGAGCCGCGCGGACACGCUCCUGGAGGUUUGCGAAGGUAAGCAGGGACAGUGCUGUGUGUGCUGGGGCUGGUGGGGCAGGGGACAGAGCCUGGGCAGCGUGCUGCCAUGCCCUGUCCUGCUCCAGGGAACAUCUCGGGGGCAUUUGUUGCAUUCCUGAGCAGCAGCUUCCAGGUGAUCCGUUUGCCCCGCCUGCGCCUCCUGACCAGGGAAAGGGAUGGCUGGGGCUGGCAUGGUCUGGAAGGGAUGCCUGCUGGUCUCUGCAGAUUGGUGGGUUUCAGCUCUGCUCUCUUUCCUUCUCUUGCA